UAACAAUAUAAAUAUACAUUUUAGAAAAAUGGCCAAAACUUGUAUAUAUGAAAAAAGCCAAGUCCAUCGCUAAACUUACUGAUCAGCAUAGCAGUCUGUUCAUCUUCAGAGAUUAUUGUACUAGGAAACACAAGAACCACUUCAUAUCCAGCUGAAUAUUGAUAACAUCAGUUCAAGAUGAUCCAAAAGUUGGGAGCGAAAGGAAUCAAGUCAGAUGAACGUAAUCAGCGGGAGUGGGAUGAUGGAUCUGAACAUGAUGAUGUAACAAAGAUAUACGUACGAGGUGGUCGUGAAGGAAUAAGAUCCAUUUAUUUCAACUAUGUGAAGAAUGGAAAACCCAAAGAUGGAUCAAUCCAUGGUUACUUUGACUCUGGUUUCACACAAACGUUUGAGAUUAACCAUCUACGAGGUGAAUAUCUUGAAUCUGUUGACGCUUACUACGACAAAAAGUCCUACGGUAUGCAAGCAAUUCAAUUCAAAACUAACUUCAGGACUUCUGAACUGAUGGGGUAUAGUUAUGAGUGUACUAUGUUUACGCUAGCCGUCCAAGGAAAGAAGAUCAUUGGAUUUCAUGGAUCUAAUUAUGUACAUAUAUUAUCUCUUGGAGCUUACUUCAUUUCCAUUGCUCCUACGAGAUUGGAAGUGAAAGGUAGUAAGGGAAGCAAGAAGUGGGACGAUGGAUUUGACCAUGAAAAUGUAUCAAAGAUCGAGGUACUAGGUGGUUUUGAAGGCAUACUGUACAUCAAAGUUGACUAUAUCAAGAAUGGAAAACUAGAAACUGGAUUAGUCCAUGGUCACUCUGGUGGUGAUGGUUUUUUACAGAAGAUGGAGAUUAACCAGUCAAAGAACGAAUAUCUAGUAUAUGUUGAAGGUUACUACGAUGAUGCUUCUGAAACCAUUCAAGGGCUUCAUUUCCAAACUAACCUCAACAAUCCUGUUAUGAUGGGGUAUAAAAAGGGCAGGAAGUUUUUACUUGCAUCCAAUGGAAAUAAGAUCAUUGGGUUUCAUGGAUAUGCCGACAAAAGCCUAAACUCUCUUGGAGCAUAUUUCAGUACGACCACUCCUAAUAAACUGGAAUGCCAAGGUGAUCGUAAAGGACUGCCUUGGGAUGAUGGUUGUAAUUAUGACGGCGUAAAAAAGGUGUAUGUCGAUAGUAUAAGUGAUAUAGAUAGUGUCAGGUUUGAGUACGAUAAUGGCGGAAAAGUGGAAAAGACUCCGUACCGGCGUGAUGUUACAAAUGAGAAGGAGUUUGUGCUUGACUAUCCAAAUGAGUUUAUCACGUCUGUGGAGGGGACCUUAGCAACUCCGACUAAUUUUGACAUUACGUGGAUUCUCUCACUGACAUUCAAAACAUCAAAAGGGAGAACCUCUCCAACAUUUGGAUCAUCGUCUCCUGGUAGAAAAUUUGUGCUGGAGAAGAAUGGUAGCGCUCUUGUUGGGUUCCAUGGAUAUAUUGGUCCUGGUUAUAAUAUUAAAGCUCUUGGAGCAUAUUAUCGCCCGAUUCCUCCUACUCCUGAUGUGAAAAGACUAGAAGCACAAGGUGGUGAUGGAGGAGCUUCUUGGGAUGAUGGUGGUACUUUCAACAGUGUUAGAAAGAUCUACAUUGGACUAGGCAAAAACGUUGUAGGCUUUGUCAAGUUUUUGUACUACAAAAACGCUCGUGUUGUCAUCGGAGAUGAUCAUGGCAACAAGACCCUUUCAUCUGAUCUCCUAGAGGUCACUGAUUCAAUUUCCAUAAUUUAAAGUUCUAGAUUUCUAUCGUACUUGGUCAACUUAUUAUCAUUCUCGAUGUAUUUUUUUUUUCUUGUUUUGCAGUUCUUGUUGGAUCCGUUUGAACAUAUCAUAUCAGUGGAGGGUACUUAUGAUGAUACAUCUGGAGGUAUAACCAUGCUUAGGUUCGAGACCAACUUACAAAAAUCUCCAUACUUUGGAUUUGGUACAACAUCAAACUUCUUGCUUCACAAGGAUAAUCACCAGAUCGUUGGAUUCCAUGGAAAAUCCAGUAACAUGCUUCAUCAACUUGGGGUCCACGUUAUACCCAACGGUUUUAAAUUUAUUUAAUAACGUUCUCUUACUUUUUCUUUUAAUAAGUCAUGUUUUAAUGACAUCACAUCUUCAACUAUCACAAUAUAAUUUUCUUCUCCUAACAUUUAAGCUCUGAUACUUCUCAGCAAGUGUUGAUUUUCUUACCCAAAAUGCAAAAACACAUUGUCCCAAAUUCGUCUUACGGUUUGGUUCCAUAAUU